AUGUCAGGACAAGCUUCGACUUCUACAGACCCCCCUUCCAUGACAGUACAACCCAGGAGAGGAAAGGUCAAAUUCCCAGACAAUUACCCAGACAACCGCAUUGAAUCCCAGAAAUUCAUGCUCCAAUGCCUCCUUCUUUUUGCAGCAGAAUCUGAUCGGUACAAGACCAAUCAAGAUAAAAUAUCCCUUGUGCUCUCAUGCAUGAGAUAUGGCACGGCAGGAGCUUGGGUGGAGAACUUCCUCCUCAAGUUAGUAGGAGCAGACCCUCCUACUGAUCUAGAGGCGUUCGCCCAAUUCGAGGAAACUCGAAGAGACACAUGGGUACGACAGGGAGAGGAAACCGCGCGGUUGAUUUGGAAGGAGAAGACGACGCACCCGCUAUGGGAGACCAAGCGGGAAUAUAUUGAGGAAUGGAGAUGGAGGAUGCUCAUCACAACGACCAGCGGGUACCACAACCUGGUCCUUCGAUGGAACAUCCAUACUCUGCCCCAUCCGGACGACCCCAAACGGACCAUCAGCAACGCGUCAUGUCGCCUGACGGACGACAGGGAAAUGGAAGCGUCAGUCAUUCUGCUCGAAUCGGAGCAGUCUUAG